ACUUCCGCUGCCACCUACGCACUUCCGCCAAUUCCGACACCGCGCGACAGUGUGGUGAAUCAGACAAUCACAUCUCAGCACCGUAACAUCUUUGUCCUUCCGCAGCGUUAACCUCACGCUUCAGUUCUACCAUGGCAGACAAGAUGAACAUGUCCCUCGACGACAUCAUUAAGAUGAACCAGAAAGGACGAGGCGGCGGAGGAGGAUCGUCCAGGUCGGGUGGAAGUUCAGGACGAUCUGCCGGCGGAUUGUCGAGGCCGGCGCGGAGCCGACAGAACAACUUCAACCGCGAGAGAAACAACAGAGCCGCUCCGUACACCAGGCCCAGAGAGUUACCAGACAAAUGGCAGCAUGACAUGUUUGAGGAGCAUGUUGGCGGACGCAGAGGACCGAGUGCAGUAGCAGAAAGGAGUGAGGAAAGUAGCAGCAAGCUGCUGGUUUCCAAUCUGGACUUUGGCGUCUCUGACUCCGAUAUCAAGGAGCUGUUUGCAGAGUUUGGGGAAUUACAGAAAGCAUCUGUACACUAUGACCGGUCUGGUCGCAGUAAAGGGACUGCAGAUGUUCAUUUUGAAAAUAAGGCAGAUGCACUCAAAGCCUUCAAGCACUAUAAUGGUGUACCACUUGAUGGUCGCCCCAUGAAAAUCCAGCUAGUGACUUCAGAGGACGACACACAAAGUAGAGAACCUGUACAAAGCAGAGGGUUUGAUCGGAGCAGGCUUGGACAGCCCAAGUUUACAAGAAGUGAAAGGAAUGACAGAAGUGAAAGGAGGCAAGGAGGAGGAGGAGGAGCCGGAGGAGGAGGAGGAGGAGGAGGAGGAGGAGGAGGAGGAGGAGGAGGAGGAGGAGGAGGCGGCGGCAGCAGUGGAGGUUUUAGAGGACGAGGAAGAGAAAGAGGUGGGAGAGGAAACAACAGACCCCAGCUUACUGCUGAGGAGCUUGAUGCUCAGUUGGACGCCUACAAUGCCAAGAUGGACACCAGUUAGAGAUGCUGAAGGAGGCUUCUCAUUUCCAGUUUUUGUUUUUUAAUAGUUGAUUGAUAAUGAUGUAUCUUUUUACACUUUUAUUUUGAAGCCAUUUUAUUGUCCAGACCAUUAUGUUUCGUUGAUUUUAGACUUUCUCAGUAUUUUUGUAGCUGUGUUUUCUUGGACAGUUUGAUGAAUUGAGGAUUUUUCUCCUUGGCCACCAGCUCCUUUGCCCUUCUCUAAACGGAAGACUUCUUUAAACUCUUCUACAAUCAUGUGAGCAUGAUUCAAUGGUUUGACAAUAACUGUAAAUGCAAUGCUGAAAAUGUUUAAUGCUGUUUAUAAAUCUGCCACUAUGAACCAUAAACUUGGCAUAUCGACAAAUUUCAGAGUUUUGUACAUAAAUGAUUAUAUUGAAUCUUCUUUAUGUUCAUGUUCAUUUAUUUAUAAACUGGUAUUCAUUUA